GUUCGGAUAAAAUGUGUAUAUAUAUUAUACAUGUUCACUUUUUUGUUUCUAAAUUAUGUUUAUUAUGUUAAUUUGAACCGGGUUUAUGUAAACUGCAGAACAUAGUGUGUGACGUCACAUUUGGUUGUCAUGGCAAUACUUCCCUAAACAGUAGGUUAGACGGAUUUAUCUUCUUUCGUGUUAUUCGUCAGUUUUAAAGUUUUUCUUUAGGUGAAUUGAUCUGAGGUCGUUGAUUAGACAUGCUGCUUGGACAGAAAUACAAACCUAAGUGUCGGGAAGUUACCGGCCCUACACCUCACUCAGUGGCAGUGCGAGCCAAACAGCCACCGAGCAGACCCUCCGAUUACCUGAUAGUGGAACGAAGGAAACAGGAUGCUGCUCACAAAAAAGUGCUGGAGUUUACCAAGGACCAAAGUGCCUGUGAUUUGAGAAUAGGCUGGGAAAGGAACACAGAGCAAAAGAUGGUGUCUGCCACUAUCGAGCGACGUGUCCAGGAGGCAAUGGAACAGUAUGAGUUGAGCAUUGAUGAACGGAGAGAAAGGCUGCGUAAAAUGCUGCUGUCUGAGGAGAGAGAAUUGUUGCAAGAGAUGGACUCAAAGCAAGACACUGUGCUUGAAAGGCAAGCCAGGAUGUGUGAGAGAGCAAAGAACCUGCAAGAGAAAAGAGAAAGUGAGAGGAAGAAGGUGGCUGCUGAGAAGCUUGAUCAACUCUUCAGAGAGCAGAGCGACGAGUUCCGGGCCAUGCAAAUGCGCCAGCACCAGGAUGAGGUCUGCACAGAGCGUGCAGCACAGAUCCAAACACGCAGAGAAGAGCGUCGACUGCAGCAGGAGGAAGAAAUGCUGUUUGCACAGCUGUGGGAAAAAGAUCGUCAGGCCAAAGAGCAACGUGAGGACCUGAAGGUUCAGCGUCAGAAAGAGAACAACUUGCAGCAGUUGGCUUUUCUGCACAUUCAGAUGGAGGCUGCAGAGCAACAGAGGCUGCAGGCCAAACAACUCAAAGAAGAAGAGGCCCAGUUACUGCGAGAUCAGAGGGAGAUGUUGCGUCUGGAAGAGGAGCGAGAACACAGACAGAAGUUCCAGAAUCAGGAGAACUGGCGCAGGGAACUAGACACCUCACUGCGUCUGAAAUUGAAACGUCUGGCACGGGAGGAGCAGGAAGAUCUGGCGUUGGACAUGAGCAUCCUGGAGCAGCUGCUCACAGAGGUGAAGGACGAGAAAAAAGAAGAGGCUCUUAGGAAGCUGGAGCUACGUGAGGAGCAGAGAAAGUAUCGUCAGUACCUGGCAGAACAGCUGGAGGAGCAGAAACAGCACGAGGCUGAGACAGAGCAGGUGAUAGAGGCUGAGCUGCAACAGACGUGGAAUCGCAGGGCUGAAAAAAACCGUCUGGUGAAAGAAGCCAGAAACCGGCUUAUGAAGGAUGUGCUGGACACACAGCGCUUACAAAUUCAAGAAAAGUUGGAUAGGAAUGCUCAGAAACAGGCUGAACUGGCUACGGAGAGAGACGAGCUGAAUAGAAUCAUCCAGGAACACAAGAUGCUGGAGGAACAGAAAAAAACACGUCUCAAGGAAGUAUGUCAGGAAUAUAAAGCUGGUCUGUCAGCACAGAUUUUGGACAAUCAGCGCCUGUGUGAGGUCAAGAAGGCUGAGAAUGACCGGGAGGACGAAAGGUAUCGUAUGGAGCAGGAGAACUAUAAUAAGAAGGUGAAGGAUUUGCUGUCCAGGCCAACAUCACACACCACAGUAGUUCACCCUUUUAGAAGAAGAAGGGAUCAUCCAACGAGUAACUAAACCUGCUCAUAUCAAUAUGCUGCGAUUUGCACACAAAGUAAAACUUCUUAGUGAGCUCCUGCACCUAAUAGGUGUUAUAGAUACAGUAUCUAUCUCACAGAAGUGAGUAAACCCCUCACAUUAUUGUCAAUAUUUUAUUAGA